AAUAAACAGUAAACUAAUAAAUACAUAUUUACUUUAUACAAAAAAUAUUUUAUAUAAACAUCGACAUUUAAAAAUAACUUUAGAUCAAUGAUAUCUAAACUAAACAUUGGAAGAAAAUUAUGUAUCAUAAAAAAUAUAAAAUAUGAAUUAAAUAACAUAUUACUGUAACAUUUUAUUAUGUUUUUUAGCAAAGUUCAUUUGUCUACAUUGCAUACAUUGGUGAAAUGAAUGGAGGAGGUAAUGCACUGUUCCCCAGUCUUUGUUUACCGCGCGGUAAAAAGUGGUAGAGUUAAUGGGACCGUGUUAAAUACUUUAUCAGUUGUUUAUAGUAUUAUUUUUCUGAUGAUUAUAUGAUGGAUGUGUUAGAAUUUAGUGACAUAACUGCCGAGAUAAAGGGUGCUUUGUGCCCUGGACGGCUAAAAUUAACUGAUCAGAAUAUCAGUUUUAAAAAUAACAGAACAGGUAAAGUUGAUCAACUUGUUGCUACUGACUUAGAACUUUGUAACUGGCAGAAGUUAGUUGGGACCUGGGGUCUUAGGCUAUUUCUAAAAAAUGGUUCUCUGCACAGAUAUACAGGAUUUAAAGAAUCUGAAGUUGAUAAAGUUGCAAAGUUUUUUAAAUCAAAAUAUUCUCAUGAUCUUUCUGAAAAAGAGCUCAGUGUCAAAGGAUGGAAUUGGGGAACUGCUAAAUUUGCCGGAUCCAUUCUAAGUUAUGAUGUCAAUAAUUUAACAGCCUUUGAAAUACCUCUUAGCAAUGUUAGUCAGUGUACAACUGGUAAAAAUGAAGUUACUGUGGAAUUUCAUCAAAAUGAUGAAGCUCCAGUGAGCUUAAUGGAAAUAAGAUUCCAUAUCCCACCAUCUGAAAAUGCAGGUGAUGAUCCAGUCGAUGCAUUCCACAGUCAAGUUAUGCAAAAAGCCAGUGUCAUAUCUGUAUCUGGUGAUGCAAUUGCCAUAUUUAGAGAAAUUUACUGUCUUACGCCUAGAGGUCGUUAUGAUAUCAAAAUAUUUCAGUCUUUUUUUCAACUUCAUGGUAAAACAUUUGAUUACAAAAUUCCAAUGUCAACUGUUCUGAGACUAUUUGUUUUACCCCAUAAAGAUGGCAGACAGAAUUAUUUUGUGGUUAGUCUGGAUCCACCUAUAAAACAAGGUCAAACAAGAUAUCAUUAUUUGGUGUUUCUUUUUGCUCAAGAUGAAGACACUUCACUCGAACUUCCUUUUUCUGAGGAGGAGUUAAAAGAAAAAUAUGAAGAUAAAUUAAGCAAAGAACUUUCAGGGCCUACCUAUGAUGUUAUUAGUCGCAUCAUGAAGGUUUUAGUUAACAGAAAAAUUACUGUACCUGGAGGAUUUGUGGGGCACUCUGGUACACCGGCUGUUGGAUGUUCUUAUAAAGCAGCAGCAGGUUAUUUAUACCCAUUAGAAAGAGGGUUCAUAUACAUUCAUAAGCCUCCGAUUCAUAUCCGAUUUGAAGAAAUAGCCAGUGUCAAUUUCGCUCGAAGUGGUGGAAGUACUAGAUCAUUCGAUUUUGAAAUUGAAUUGAAAAAUGGAGUGGUUCAUACAUUUAGUUCAAUUGAAAAAGAAGAAUAUGGAAAGUUGUAUGAUUUUAUAAAUGCUAAGAAGCUCCACGUGAAGAACAAGAAAUCAGAUAAACCUGGCUAUUCCGUCGAUGAAUUUGGUAAUUCUGAUGAGGAGAAAGAACCAGAUGCAUAUCUUGCACGUGUUAAGAGGGAAGCUGAAGAAAGAGAUGAAGGUGAGGGUGGUACAUCUGAAGAUGAGUCGACUGAUGAUGAUUUCGUCCCUGGUGGUGAAGCGAGUGAUGUCGCUGAAGAGUACGAUUCUAAUCCUUCGCCCACUGAUUCAGAUGAAGAUUCAGAUGCCAGUGGAGGAGGUGGAGGUGGAGAUGGUGGAGAUGAGAAAAAAGAAAAGAAAGAGAAGAAGAAAAAAGAGAAAAAGAAGAAAACAACAACAAUAUCUGAAAAACCAAGGAAAAGGAGACAGAAAAAAGAAAAAGAUGAAAAUAAACCCAAGCGAGCUCCUUCAGCUUAUAUGUUAUGGUUUAAUGAAAACAGAGAAAAGAUUAAAACUGAUAAUCCUGGCAUUUCAUUCACAGAUAUUGCCAAGAAAGGUGGUGAGCUUUGGAAGAAUCUUACGGACAAAUCAGAAUGGGAUAAACGAGCUGCGAAAAUGAAAGAAGAAUAUUUAGAAGCAAUGUCCGAGUACAAGGCCAGUGGAAAGGCAGCUGCUGCAAAAGAAAAAGCUGAAGGGAAGGAAAAGAAAACAGCAACAACAACAAAGGCUAGUAAAAAGGCAGUUGAUAAGUCACCAGAAAAAAGGGGUAGUGGAGGGGCAUACAUUUCAAAAGAAUUUAUUGAAAGUGACUCAAGUUCUGAUUCCGAUGCAAAAUCGAAACCAUCAGGCAACAAAAAAGCUUCUGAAGGGAGCGGUAGUGAUUCACCUAAAAAAUCCAGUCCAAAGAAAGAAAAAGAUAGCAAUGAAAGUGACAGUGGUGAAGAAAGUGAAUCGGAUAAAAAGAAAGUGCCUCCUAAGAAAGAAGUAGAGAAGAAAGGUGCUGCUAAGAAGAAAGAAGAGAGUGAAGACAGUGGAAGUGAUAGUGCAGAGAGUGCUAAAGGAAAAAGUAAGAAAACUAAAGGAAAAGAAAGCAACAAGAGAAAGAAACCAGACAGCGGGAGUGACUCAGACAAAAAGAGCACCAAAAAGAAAGGGAAGAAAGAUGAAAGCGAAGAUGAAGAUGAAGAACUAUCAGAAGAAAUUCUUAGUACCCCAACUGCUUCUAGUGCUGAAUCUGAUAGUGAUUAAUUUAUCUAUUUUAUACCUGUAUUAGCAUGUUUCCAAUCGAGUUGUUGGUGAUAGUUAAUUCGCAAUUUUUUCGAAAAUGAACGGACAUUAAUAUAUUUUUAUAAGUGGUCUUAAGUUUGUUUAUUACAACUAUUAAGAAUAGUUUAGACAAACAUAAUGAUUUAAACAAAUGUUUUCAAGCCAAAAAUUUUUGUUAGAUAAUAUUUUUGAUUUGUGUAUGUGGAUAAAUGUGAAUUAUCAAUUUAUCUACAAAUGAGAAUUUCAUAUGCCUGUUUUAAUUUACUUAACCUUAGGAAGUAUUUUAAUUUGACACAAAACGUUUUAAUUGUGUUUAUAAAUAAUCAUAUGUACAUAUUUUGAAACAUUUGAUACAUUAAUUCUCUGUUUAUAAAAUAUAAUUGAUUAAAUCUUUUUUGUUUAUUAUUUA